AACUGCCGUGUCCUUACGCAACCUUGAGCUGUGUGCCCGGCCAGCCAAUCAGAGGUUACCACUGGACUGUGAUGUCAGUAAGCUUUUCAACUGGACAUGCCUUGCACCGAAGAAGACCAGAGAUGAUUGGUUAGCUAAUUUUGGAUUACGUGAUUCGGAAAGCAUUUGCAUACAUGGCACUUACUGGCGUCAUUUCGGGUCACAGAGCCAGCCAUUAUGGACCUGUGAUAGCGGAUUACACCAGUUUGUAUGGCCGCUACUUCGAGGCCAGCGGAACGCAACACAGGCCACUUGCCAACAGUAACAGCAUACCAGUCUUUUUAAGGUGCCGUACAGCUGGAGCCGCACUGCUGAGGAAUUGGAUGGCCAUUCGCCGGUAGCCGAGAUAAAUCGUGAGAUGGAGGAGAAUGGAAGAAUAAAAGAAGAAAUACACCAGGAGACACCUCAAGAAAAAACAAGUUCUGCCUUGACCAACGGUCACACGGUCAUCUGUAAUGGGGUGGCGGGGCACGACGAGAAACUCGACGGGAAGAUACAUUCCCCAGAAGCACAAGAUAUUCCGUUGGACUUUUCCUUCAAACGAAAAAGUAUUGAAUCACUGUCUGAAAGUUUUACUGACGAUUCGAGACCCUCUUCAAACAGUCCCCAUCAAAGUCAUGACAGUUCCAACGAGCACUUCUCAAACAAUAACAAAAUCAACGAAUCCUCUCUUUUGGACAAAGAUGACUCGAUCAUGGAACCCAAAACUCCUGUCUCGCGCAUCCCAAACUCUGCCCUGGCAGCCAUGGGUGUAUUCCCCGACAUGAAUUCGGGGAUGGUUUCCAAUGGAAAUAUGCUCACUGGGUUCCCUGCAAUGGCAGCUUUUAUCGAACAUCAGAGACGCGCACAAGCGAGUAAAAACACCCGUCCGUUUAAGGCUUACCCCAAAAGUACAUUGACGAUGCCCAUGGGAUAUUACGGUAUGCCGGGCUACGUGCCCGUGUCCCAGUCAGAGUCUAUGAUGCACGGGUUAAAUGUGAAUUCGGAGGAGAUCAUGAACAUGUACAAACAUCAAAUCCAGGCUCUCAAGGAGCACGAGAAGCGACUGUCGGGCGGCGCCAAGCAGCAGAGCGUGGCCAGCGUCAAUUCCAAUGUCUCCAGUCCCGUGAGAAACAGCAGCAACGGCAGCAGCAGCAGCGGUAGUUACAGCGAAACUCAGUUAAACAACAGUACCUCGUACCACAACCCGAACUCGCCCUCGUCGCGGAUCACCUCUCUUCCGUACACGAGCGGCACGACCACCCUGGUGUCCAGCACGAGCACGCUGCUCAACUCCAGCGGCAGCAGGAAGCGACCAAAGAUUCUGCCGGACGAGCAGAAGGACGAGGCGUACUGGGAGAGACGCAGGAAGAACAACGAGGCGGCUAAGCGGUCGCGGGACGCCCGGAGAGCGAAAGAGGACGAGAUCGCCAUCCGGGCGGCGCUGCUGGAGCAAGAGAACCUCAAGCUACGGGUGGAGGUGGCGGCGCUCAAGAGUGAAACGGCACGUCUCAGGUGUAUGUUGUACAAUAGCUAGGACCUCGUGUUUACUGUGACGCUGGGCAACAGGGAGGGGAAUCGGACUCACGUGUACGUGUAUCAACCACAUCCAUGUCCACAUCCAAAAUUUGAUAUCCAUUCUACUUCAUUUUAGUUUGUUUUUUUAAUGUGUGAGGCUGGAUAUUUGUGUUUCUCUUUUAUUUUGUACGUUUAUGCAAAAUACCUUCUGGGAAAUGGUGAUAUUCGGACUACCCUGCACGCUGCUUGGUGGUCUAGCUCAGGUGAUAAGGAUUCGUUUCGUCUUGUUGUCCCAUGUUUCGGUUAAAAGCGUAGCAUAGCAUCCUGACGUCUAUAUUUCUUCUCAGUGUAUGCUUUUAACGCUUUUAAAUCUGAUCUAAAACAUUUCUGUUGAAGGUAAAUAGUUUAAAAUAUCUACGUUUUAUUCCUAGUAUUAUUACAAUUUAUGAAAAUAUAAUUUAAUAUCCCAGCACCAAUAGAAGAAAACGAUGUAUUUUGUAUUGACAGUUUGAUUAGGUGGGGUAUGGUAUGCCUUUUAAAAGUUGUCCCGAGUCCUGUGAUAACAAGAUUGAACGAAUCUGUUUUAAUAUUUUUAAUGUGUCAUCAAGUGGCCUCUGCACUUUUUAUGUUAUGUUUGUAAAUGCAUAAUUGUGUAAAUGUACACGACAGUUGCGUUCUCAGGGAAUUAUUACUUUCUGUUCCAAGCAACACGCUGUAUCUCUCGAAAUAAUGUUACUCAGUUUUUAUGAGGGUCGGACAUGGGGAGCCUCACAAUUACAAUAAGUCCAGUGCUGUGCCAAAUGAAUUAAAAGUGGAUUUUCCCACUGGCUAAGAGUAACUGGUACAGGACUGGACUUUCAGUACUAUUUCGUUAACGCCCAGAGUAGUCUAGCAUUUGCAUGUCCAGUCAUGCUUUCCUGGAUAGUAACUCUAACAUCUGUCCAGCUGAAUGUGCACUGUUCAUUGAGCCAAGACUCUUCAUUUGAUUGCCAUUGGUUCACAAAUGCAAUUCGUGUUGGUUGCCAAUAUAACCACAACAUGAAUGGACUAGACAUAAAAGGAAGUCAAAAAUAAAACCACGUACAGUCGAAACUGCUGAUUUUCUGCAGUUUUAACUCUUAGAGAUAUUGGUUGUAAAGACUUGUAGGACCCCCCCCCCCCCCCCCCCCCCUUAUAAUUGUACUGCCAUCAGGACUGGGAUCAAGGUUCCAUAGCCGCUUAAAUCCAUGUACUUUAACCUUUAACCUAAGCAUAGGCUAAUAGAAAAAUGUCGGAUCAUAUUUUGAGGAUACUGCAAUUUAAAAUGUAAUUUAUGUUGUGUUGCUUGGAACAGGUUUUUGUGAAAUACGAUGUGCAGUGAGAUUGUGUAAUGUUUAGUAAUACAAAUAGGUUAGUAUGGUGUGGUACGGUUAUUUAAAUUCUGGAGAUGGAAGACUAUAUAAUUUGUUGAAGAUAUUCUCCUUAGAAUUACAAUUAUCUUACGUCAUUAAAAAUACCGUUUGACUUCAGUUACACUGGAAAUAACAGUUUAUAUAAAUGGCAUUUUAAGGACAUUAAAAAAAUAUCGUAUUUAAACUAAUAUUUUUACCAGGUAUUGAUAAUGAAUUGGACAUGGGGGAAAUAUAAUUUUGAUUAACUCAGAUUGUCGAAUUCACAAUCUGUUUAAAGUCAUAAAAACAUUCAAGGAUUUUAUUGCUCAUUAGUUUGCUAUCUACAAUUACAGUUCAUCAAUUUGUUUAUUGCGAAUAUUCUUAGGAGAAUAUCUUUCAACCCGAAUGUUUAACGCAGUGCCUCUAAAUGUCGCCACAGAUCUUCACACCUACUAACGCCAGCCCAUGCAAUGGGUAGGUAUAUGGUUGUGUACACAGCAAUGGUAUGUGGCAUCAAUGACAACAUUUAAAGGCACGCAGUCGUUAUUUGUUUCCUGAUCAUGUCAUUGUUGUAUGUAUGUUAGUAAAUGUCCAUUUUCUGCGGUGCGAAAAGCCAAUACGGGUGUCAGUCACGUGACAUUUAUGUGACCACGACUGUAAAUAUGCUCAAAUCACUACGAUCUCGCGGGUGCGACAUGCGUGCCCCGAACUUCUCGCUCUUUCUGUUAUUUUUUUUUAUAUCUCACCCUCACUCUCUCUCUCUCUCCCACUCUCUAUCCCACUCAGUGUGUGUCACUUCUGUCGAUCAGUUUAUACUUCAUAAUGGAAGUUAGGCAUUUCGUCUCAUUGCAUCUGAUAAAGACUCAGGGAUAACAGUACAUACAGGUUCUUAUCAGAGAAUAAUCGCAUGCGUGUGGUCUGAAUGAGUUCUCAGUACUCUGGCAAACACUUCAUGUAAAGCUUCAUAAAAUACGGAUCUUUUUUUAUUUCCUUUUAGGUCAUCCUUUUUUUUAGGACCGACUUCAGAGUAUUGUAAAGUGUAAAGCCUUUAAAUACCUUGUUUUUGAAAGGAUUCAUUUCGCUUCCGUUUUUGACUUUCGGCUUAUAGUUAUACAACUGGGAUUUUCCUGUUUGUUAAAAAACUGUUCCUGAUUAAUCCGUACCAUUAAGAGGAGUACUAUAGGCAAUUAAAUGAUACUCUUGUUAUUUAAAUUGAUGUUUUGCGUAUUUUCAAAAUACUUUAAACAAGUAUUGGUUAAAGGCAUACCAACCUUUUGUUACAGGACACACACCUAUAAACUACGUCUACCUUUAAACUACGUCUGCCUUUUAACUACGUCUGCUAGGUAUUAAAGAAACUGAUUUCAUUUCUAUUCUUUGCAGACGUCCUAAUACUUUCCUAGGGUACAUGAAGUGCUUAUCAUUUUUCCUCUUCAUAACUUCAUUUCUGUGGUCCUUGCGUCCAUUGAAUUGCCGCUGUUGAUGAAUCAUCAUGUUUGUAUUGCGGCCCCAUUCACUGAUGCGUGGUGUGUGGUGUGUGUGUGUGUGUGUGUGUAAUACGUGGAUGUUUCUUUUCUCAGCUAUUAUUUAUUCAAACGCCUCCGAGCAUAACCGCGGUGUUGAACAUUUUACGCAAUUUACCCUCGCUGUUAACUAUAGCAAGCUAUAGCAUCGUGCUUGAUCGUUUUAUAUUUGUACAAUUUAAAAAAAAAAGCCUCAUAUUUUGCUAGAAACACAAAUAAUUCAGUGUUAUGUUUCUAAUCGUGUUUCGGGUAACACAAAUGAAAUGGUGUCGUAACACACCCAUUACAAAAAAAGAGAAUAUGAUUUGACCUUGAGAACAUGGGUCACGUGUUAGUAGCUGCUUAAAUUACUGCACGCAGAACAGGGGUAAGUUCAGUCAACCGUUUGUUGCUAACGUUUGAUAGACUUUUUUCCUACAAUAUACAUUAAGCCGAAUGAGCAUUUCGGGAAUCAAUCAACAUAGUUUGCAAACGUUAGCUUAAAAUGGCUGACGGAACGUAGGCCAGUUUUAAGUACUUUAUGAACUCGUGUCUGUAACGGUCGCAUUCGGAAACUCUCGAUGUAUUCCGUAUUUCGUAUAAAACUCUAGUGUCAACUGAUUUUUUUUUUUAAAUCCACAAAUCUAACGAAAAAGUACAGUAAAAAAAAAAAAUCAAGACAUUUUUUUUUUGUAAAUGUAUAAAGAGCAUGAUUUUUUUUUUUUUUCAAUUGCAUCCUAGAUGAAAUAUGACUUUCGACAACUAACGUUUAUUGGUUGAAUGUAUGUUCAUUUGCAUACGGAAUAUAUUAUGAUUGCGAAAACACUCGAGAGUUUAACGAAUGCACUUAGUCGGUUAGUCAUGUUUUGUGUAGAAGUUAACUGCAUUAAUUGUGUAUAUAUUUAUGAACUGUUGAGUUGCAAAUGAUGUGCUAGUUAUUACUGUUUAUUUUUAAACAAAAAACCAGUUGUGUGUAGUCCUUUUGUUUUAUUACAUUGGUGCAUAGUAUUUACAUUUCAGUGCUACCGAAUAUUUAGUGCUAGCCGUCAAAAGUUCAAGCGUAAUGCCCAUUGUGUCUGGCAAUAGGAUGGUAUAAAUUCACCUCCCUGGCUUGUCAACUUGUAAAAUGUUUGGAUACGAAUAAUAAUAUGUUAAGCCGAGCUAUAUUAAUUCUACAUUUGGGUCCAUGCUACAGACUUAAACAAGAUUCAUUUUCUAUAAUGAAUCCGUAAAGCUGCAGUGUCACUAUUACAUUACCGGUAUUUAUAGCGUCCCAAUAAAACGACUGCUAUAGCAGAAUUAAUUGAAAAUACAAGAUACAAACAUAACUUCAGUAUUGAUAAACUCGACUGCAGCAUUAAAAAAACAAAUUCAAUUUCGUAGAUUAAUUUUUAGAAACGUUUUUUAACAGUGAUAUUGACGUUUAGUGGAUAUUGCUUUGAAGUACUGGAAACAGAUACUUGCUCGAUGUACACUCAUUUAGACGUGUUUAUAACACUAAGUGGAUAACCACUUGUUACCUUGCAGUUACUAACUGCUCUGUCUACACUUGGAUACCUCGAUAUUAAAAUCACCUACUAAUUAAAAUCACAUUUUGUGACUCCUUUGAGUGGCCUUCAUAGACAGGGUCCUUAAUAUAUAAUACAUAUAUGCAAAAUGGACGGGUUAGUUUUUGUCCCCAUGGUCUAUACACUGUGGGUGGGGGAGGCUUACAACACCUCCUACCAUAAUGGAAUGGUCUGUUUUAUUUGUACGAAUCCUAUUCUCGUUUCUUCUUUUCGCGUUAUUGUUGCUCUCAAAGAAUACUUGGUGUUGCCUGACGGUCACCACGUCUGUCGUGUGGUUGGCGUAUGGCUGGGUAUUACGGGAUCGGAGUGAGACAGAUAUUUUUUUUUAUUACUACAUUUUUCACACCUGCUGACCUGUAUAUUAUUUAUAGCAAAAUGUUUUUGUGUCUGCUACUAUCUCAGGGAGUUUGUACGACAUUGAUGGUUAUCAUUGCUUUGUCCUAUUUUUUGUGUUCUUGUUAAAACGUGUUUUAAAUGUUACGUUUUGUGUAGUAGAUGGCGUGGGAUUUGUGUGUUCAUACGCUUAUUUACCGACCGAUCAACCGUUAAUUAAAGCCGACUUGUGUACAAGCGAACGUUAACAUGGACGUACGUUUCGUCACUGCUAAAGAAAUUCGUUAAUAUAUAGUUGAGUGAUAUUUGAGUUCUAUACAGUAUGUUUUUAACAACAUAACUGCUUACUUCAUUUUCGUUAUUUAAUUUGAUGAUAUUUUAUUGGUUUUCUGAGAAAUGUCUUUUAAAUAUUAACCGCCACAAAACCAGAUAUCGAUGAUACUUUAUACAUAAAUCUAUGUACAUUGUAUUGUGAAAUGACUAAUGAUUUACAGUUAGAUUAAGAAAUGUUUACCAUAGUUUUGUACAUAUGUAAUAUCAGAUGAUUAUGUACUUUGUAUUGUUUGUUAUAUAACGAUUAAUGGAAAAAAGCAAAUGCCUUAAUACCAAGACUACGGGUUCCCUCAUAAGAAUUGAUAAUACCUCGUUAAUAUAUUUAUAUAUCUAGUUUAUCUCUGUGUCGUUCACCAAAGAUAACUGGAAACAUUCCGUAAUGCGGAUCAUACCAUUUUACCACAAACUACGCUCACUGACUGGUAGAAAAUAGGUCUGUACGAGACACUUCAGGUCCACGUGCUUAUAAAAAUAGAGUUUGGAUUCAUUGUUAGAAAAAGAGAACAGAACAUAAUAGAACUUUACUUACAUUCGUGGUUAGUGAAAUGCCAGUUUUUGCCAAUUAAAAAAGGUCCAAUUUAGUUAUUCUGGGGGGAGGGGAAGAGAUUGUUGCUUGUUCACGACAUAUAUAUCAAAGUCGUUGGAUGAACUGUUCAUUAGCUUGUUGUUAAUCGGUGGUAAUGACCUAUGCAGAGACGGCUGGUUUCCUCUCGCAUGAAAUCGCUUAAACUUUAGUUGAAAAUAGAACGAAGCUAUUCGUAACUAGAUCCAAGUGUAGAUAUAAACUGUAAGCAACCUGUAUAGAUUUCGAGUUUAGAAGUUCAAGAUGAAAUAUGAAUGCAGACUUUGACAUUUAUAAGCACGGGCCUUGAACUGGUUUUCACUCACUGAAUACGGUUACAAUAGCAAACCCAGAAAUCAUAUUUUAUUAUUCUACACUUCAUUAAAUAUAUGUCAUCGUGUUUGUGAACUUAUCAACAUACGUAAAUUAAUAUUCAUAAAUGAUUACAAACGAAGAAAAGGUGCGAUAUAUUUCAUAAGGUUAUUUUUGUAAAUUAUACUACACCUUUACAAAAAGCUAUAAAUAAUUAUGUCUGUAUAUUUUAUGGGUGCGUUGAACAUAGCUUAGCCUAUUAUUGCAAGUUAUUUGAAGUUACUUAUUUUAUCAUUGUUGAAUAUCAACAUUAUUCAUCCUCGCAUCACAUUCGUCAUCCCUAAAAAAUGUAUAAUAUAAAAUAUAAUACGCAAGUUUUCAUUACUUCUGACCGUUUCUCCCUUUUGAUGUGUACUGCCGACGACCUCUUUGUAUUCGAAACCGCAUUUCGUAAAGGUACUUUUGCACUCUGAUCCAGUCGACUACCAUACACACAUCAAGCUAAAUAUUGCGUAAAAAAAUGAAUUACAUAAAUACAUCCGUGAUGGACGUCGCCAUGUUUGUCACUAACACAGAAGUUGCUAUGUAUGAUUGUGUGUGGAAAAGCCCAAUAUAAAGCCACACACUCCAUGUAAACUUUCCCGUGCAUGUCAUGGCUUACAUCUAGUGUAAAAUGUCCGUGUUCAGUAUAACAAACCGUCAAAUAUUUUGUUAAUUCGUAUACGUAACCGCAAGCAACUUUUAAUAUAGCUAUUUCGUGUAUAAUACCGCGACCAACAAGCCCGAAGUACCACGUUUUCGUUUAGUUAGUGGCGGAUAACCUGAACUGUCGACUGGGAAAUAAAUAACCCAAAAGGUUGUGUAUUCGUGUACCACCGUAUUGUGGCAAACAACUCUGAAUAUAUCACGCAAUUCUAUAUCACAUCAUUCUGUUCCAAGCUGCUAACAAGCUAAGAUGUCGUGUAUUCAUGGACAAUACGGUGAUAAACAUAAUAACCAGCCAGGCAAUGACGUACCAUUUCCAUUGUGUAAACCACAGGGAUGUUCCCAUGUCAGUACACAACUCGGAGGAAUUGAUUUCCGUUUGUGAUGAAAUUUGCGUUAUUGAAUAUCGUUCAAAAAACAAAUGUACACACGUAAGAAAAACAAAUGUCAUUCAAGGCCAUUCUGUUUAUUUCCCGCGAGUGUAAAGCGGUCGUUUAGCGGCGAAGAAGAAGAAAAAUACCUGUUUACCUGUUUACCUGUUCAUACCUGUUUGCCUAAGACAUGCCCCUUCCCAGAGAUGCCGUGUAUUAACAUUUUCCACAUUGCACAUGUGAUUAUCGCCGAGAAGUAGUUUACGUUUUGUUUGUGAAUGUCCUGGUAGUUUUCAACGUCAAUGGUUACGAUGUGCGCUGUGCUAUCUGCUGUAUCCCGGCCAGCGUGUAGCAUAUUGACGCAGAGACGUUCACAUUAAAGGGGUUACAUAUCUUCUUCAAGGACGGCUUUUCCAAACAGUUACGUUUCAGUGUAGUGUAUAAAAACCGUGUCUGCGUCAAUCGUCCGCGGUCCGUCUUUUAGAACGUGUCUGCACGAAGGGCGUGUUUUAGGUCCUACAACAGGUUUUAUUAUUAUUAUUAUCACGUCAGUAACUGACCUUGACCGUCACGUAGGAGAAGAAUAAUAUCAGAUGUUUCUUGUAUCAGUUAAUUUCAAAAAUAAAAUUUUUCUCUAGAAAAAAAGUGGCGAUCUUGGAUGUUUAUGAUGUGAAAACGCAUUAAAUAUUUGGAUAUUUAAAUAUUUAUAGUUUUCAAUAUUUCUUUUUAUCUCCGUCUACAUUUCAAAUAUUUAUAUACGCUGAAUUACAACUGUACACUGUAUUUUUAUUCUAAUUUCGAUUAUCAGCUAUUGUGUUUCACUAAAUCAUUCAGUUAACCGCAAUAUCGUUUUUCAUUAGCUUGUUAUUUCACAGUACUUGUAGCUACGCAAAUAAGAGGCUUUUUAAUCUAUGUUCAACAUGCGCAUGCGCGGUGACUGCAGGUAUUGACUGACAUUUACACCUGUUCACAAACUUCAUUGAUAUUUCUGUUUAUUAAAGAUUAUAUUGGUUUUUUUAUAUUAUGAUUUACUUGAGUAAUACGCUUAUGUAUCUAUCGACCAUACGAAAACAUGUAUUUAUUCAUUUGUCUUGUAUAUACAUGUACAUAUAGAUUUGAAAACGAGCGCAUGCACUUGCCCUAAGGGGCUGUUCCAGAAAUCUGACUUGUCAUGGUAUGGUAUGGGUGGGAGACAAUGGUAUGGGUGGAAUGGAAACUCUAUUUACGUGCCCCUAUCCAAAAAGGUUCAGGCACGCCUACCACGGAUCCAGCGUCUGACUUCGCUAGUGGGUGGUUCCGUGGCAGGAUAUGGUAUGGGUGGGAGACAAAAAGGUUGCCUGAUGCCUUUAUUCCUGCUGAGUCUGCUGAAUACCUUCGAUAUGCAUGGUAGAGUUUUCAUAGAAAUGUAUGUAUGCUGGAGACUGGCAGGAUUUCUAUUGAUAUCUAUACUUUGGGGGGUGAGGUGUAGUGGGUAAUCUACGUGUAUAUUUCAUUACUUUGUUUUACAUACAGGGUGCUAUUUCAAAUAUAUUUUGUAGGUGUUUGAUAAUGAUGACGACGAACAGGGUGGUGGGUUUUAAAACGUAAACCCCCUCAUCCAGUGACCAUUUUCAUUUGUGGAACAGCCCAAAGCGUCAGAAUAAUUAUGUUAGUUAAUGGAUGUUAUUUAUAACUUUUAAUUGUCUGUCUCACUCCGAUUUUAAUACGUACGUAUAGGGAAUAUAUUUUUGUAUGUUUUAUAAUCAAUACAAGGGCUAUGGGUGGGCAGUAAACUGAACAAUAACUGUUCACCUGCGAUUGCGAGUUCUGUAAAACAUCAUUAAUAAAAAGAUAACAAUUGAAAAAUAAUUUCGUCGAUAUUCGCUAAUACUUUGCUAAAUUCAUUUCAUAUUUUUGCCUACGAAUUUAAAUACCUCUUUGCAAAAACUCUGAAUAAGCGCCUUUAACGAUCUUUUAAUUUUAUUUUAGUGUCUGAGUGAGAGUGUAUUACACAUUGAUAGAAUACUAGAUUUAUUUUGUGUUUGGUGUGUGCUUGUUCGUUAAUAUAUAUAAAUAUAUAUAUAUAUAAUUCUAUUUUCGCAAAAACGGGUCAAUUAUUUUCUUUUGCCAUUUUCAAAUGUCCCAUGUGACAAAACGUCUGAAUUUCGUUGUCCAUGUUAGCUUCGGAGGUGCUCUUAGCAAUGUACGACAGUUGGUUCUGAAACUUCAAAACUGAAUAAGAACCAAACGCAUCUAAAUGUGGUUGAAGGUAUUCUCGCUUUUGUUUCCAUUGUUUGUUUUGUUUUUUCUGUAUUGAAAGUUGUGAAAUGGUUAGUUAGGUUUUGUAAAUAAUGGUGCGAAAGUGAUUUGCGCGUCUGCUCUUUCAAACCAUGCAUACGUCAUUUCCUGUCCAUUGGAGGAUAUGCUAGAACGAAUGGAGAACUCUCAAAUGGUUGUACAUGUAACAUGAUUUUAUAUUAAUCACAUACACUGUUCCUGAAACCCAACAUUCACGAUUUCAUUAUCCCUUUUUUUUAAAUAUGCAAAUUAGCAAGAGAGAAGUGUGACAAAAGCCAUGUCCGUUAUAAUAAUAUUGAUGUGUGGUUAUGGUCUUUGUAUUGUUUCUCUUCGUUUUUUGUACGUAAAAACAUUUCUUUUUAUGAAGAAAAUGUGAUACAUAACUUCUUGUGAUGUCUACUGUGUGUAAUAAAACUUGUUCCACAGUGAAUAAACUACCGUGUUGCAUUUAAGUGCCAGAGAUAGAAUAUUUUAUAUACACGUUUAUUCACUGUGGUAACAGUUGCCUAUACCUCUGUGAAUUUCUAAAUACCUCGUCCAUUGCAAUAAUACUGGUUUUACUUUACACUAAGCUCUGCUAUCUGUUCCACAUACAAUCACGUGCUUUCGCUGAAAUAAUCGUGUAUGUUGGGUUUCCCAUGAUUCAUUUUGUAUCAAUCGUUUUGAACUACCUCAUUCACUGUUGUCACUCACUUUAAGAAAUAUUGUUAUUUAUGGAGAAUGUUUUGCCCUUAGCGAAUUUUAUUAAACAUGUAUUACCUCGAA